AUGCGUUUUCCGGGAGCGUUAGGGUCGCUGCUAUCGCUGGCAGGACUGACAAGUGUUGCUCUGGCUGAUCUAAGAAUCGCGGCGGACAAUCAUUCCUUUGGCGGCGUCAAUUUUCCUCAACUUCAGUUUCUCGAACCUUCGUACCGCGAAGAAGUUAUUCGAGCUAUCGUCAAGACGAAUGCCAGGGUGAUUCGGUUGUUCAUUCGCGGAGAUGAGCACCACGGAGACCCUGAACCAGAAGUCGGCGAGUUUGAUCGAGCUUUGCUAAACCAAUUCGAUGACACAUUGGCGGCCAUUCAUCGCAUUUCUGAAGGCAAAACAAAAGUCAUAAUCGCACCACAUGACGCUCAUGCGCUUCGAGGUUCAAACAAUGUACCUUGUGAUGGCUACUGCAAAAAACUUGAUGGUGCUUUCCUGGACUUCUACAGUCAAGAGGAGUACCGAACAUACUACAAGACACGUCUGGAGGUCUUCUUUAGGCACUAUGCUUCCAAAAACUUUGGCGGGAGACCGUGGAGCGAGCUGAGUGAAGUCAUUCUGGGAGUCGAUGUUCAGAACGAACCAUGGUCUGGUAUAUGGCCUAUUCCGGCGGGGGAAGCCUGGCUCUGCGAUAUUGCGACGCAUCUCAAAGAUGUGAUAGGUCUCGGUGACAAUAACAUUGCCGUCAUCACAGGUGGAAUAUCCGGACCGCAGACAGUGGAUGGCAUUCAGAACACCCCGGACUCUGCCUGGAAUUGCCCGGCUGUUGAUGUGAUCGGUAUUCACGGCUACUUUGCGCAAGGGGAAGAGGAAACCGCAGGCACUCCAUGGACGAAAAUGUUUCUUCCUGGGAACACCUUAACUGGACGCGCUACUGAUAAAAAACUGCUCCUCGUGGAAGAGUGGUCAUAUAUGAACACCGACCUUGGUCUGAACUAUAAGAAGCAAGCAAUCUUUGACCAAGGUAACGCUCUCAACUAUCGCGGCAUUCCCUGGAUAUACUCACACCUCACGUUCAAAGAUGAAGGGACUUCACCUAAAAUCAGCAUCACCAGGGAGUCCAAUUAUGCCAUCGGUGCUCUGUCAGACGUCCUUACGCGUGCGUCCAGGUCGCGAUCCAAUUUCAACUGGUCCAAGUACCUCCCAGCCCCAUCAGGAGGUCUAUCCAAUCUGACCACGCUGCCUCUGAACCUCUACAUCCCCGAACAAGCCUCCUGCACUUUCGGCUGCGAAGGCCAUCUCUGCGACGCCGCCGACGGCUGCCGUCCCUCCCUCAUCUGCAAAAACAGCAUCUGCCAGCAACCCUCAGACUCACAGCCCGGCAAAAUAGGCGACGCUUGCAAUAGCAAGAAGCCCUGCCUGUCGCACCUCAAAUGCGCCUCAGGCUCCUGCCAAACCUGCAACGCCCGCGCCACCAUCCAGCCCUGGGACCGCCGCCCAGACAAUUCGUACAACUCGCACAACCCCUUCCGCCGCGACCCCAUCGCCGCAAACUCCCCCGCCGCACAAUGCCACCCCGACACGGCCAACGCCUUUCUUGUCCCGCCCCGGCCCAUCUGCUCCUCACCCGCCUCGCGCGAGAACCCCUGCACCAACGCCCAACACUGCAACGCAGACCAGUACUGCGACUGGGGGCUCUGCAAAGCAUGCACAGAAGGCUGCCUGGGAAUGAAGUGCCGCAGUAACAAUAAGUGUAAGACGGGGUUCUGCAAUACGCACGGGCGGUGUGAUUAUGCCGGGCAGAAGAAGGUCUUGGCGGGGCCCGGUGGGCAGGGGAGAAGUACAACGAGGAAUAGAAAAGGCGCGGGAUAUAACUUGGGUGCGCCGAAGGGACAGGGGAGCGGGCCGAAUAAGGUUUGGGAUGUGCCGAUGAAGGUCAAUAUCCCGAAGGAGGAGGUUGUUGCUACUGGGGCGGCGACGGCUUGAAGGG